UUUCAACAUCACUCAUCCUUUCUGUCCUCUUCCCACUCUACCAUGAGCGACGUAACCCCCCUAAAGCUCCCAUGGGAUUUACCUUACCCCAUUACGUUCACUCGCAUCUCAGUGGACAAGGGGUCACAGGUCCGCCGCGGCGACAGGCUGCUCGAGUACUCCUUCAUGUCGGCCACUCGCCGAAGGGACCUGGAGCUGAAGCAACGCGCGGGCCAGGAGAUUCCCGAGAGUCUGCGUGGGAACGACAUGGUCGGGACUUGGGAGUCGCCCAUCGACGGCGAGGUCAAACGGUGGGAGCCAUCCGUCAAGCCUGGGGCAUUGUUUGAACGGCGUCAAGCGAGCAAGCCCAUUGUAAAGAUAGAGCAGCCUUGCACCCACCCGGUUCAGUUCAAUGGCAUGUGCGGGCUGUGUGGAGCCAACCUCGACAACGAUGACUACCUGUCAAGACCAGAGAAUGAGGCUGGACCAUCACGCUACCCUGGCAGCUUUGAGAUGGCUCACGACGCAUCCGGCGUGACGGUUUCAGCUACCGAAGCCAAGCGGCUCGAGACGCAAUCGCGCGAUGAGCUUCUUAGGUCGAAGAAGCUCUCGCUUAUCGUUGACCUCGACCAGACAAUCAUUCACACCACGGUCGACCCUACUGUUGGCGAGUGGUUGGACGAGUGCGCUGAGGACGCCAAAGCAGAAGCCUCGAAGGCGGCCAAUGAAGCACAGCGCCAGGGCAAGUACAACAGCGAUACUCGGGGCGAGCAGGGCGAGGAAGGAGGCGAGGAAGGAGGCGAGAUGAAGGAACAAGAAUCAGCUGCGGGCAAGGAUGGAGACGGCGACGAUGUGAUGAAGGGUGAGGGCGACGGUGUGGCCGGCGAUGAGGCCGAACCCAAAUCAACGACUCCGCCGGGGUCACCCAGACCUAAGCGGGAGCCUAACCCGAAUGCUGAGGCUCUCAAAGAUGUCGCGCGCUUCCAACUAGCGGAGGACUUGCCCCCUGGCAAGAUGCGAGGACGAGGACAGGCUCCAUCUCGUUGGUACUACACCAAGCCUCGGCCUGGCUUGACAGAGUUCCUCGCCGACCUCUCCAAGCUGUACGAGAUGCACGUCUACACGAUGGGCACACGAACGUACGCCGACGCAAUCUGCAAAAUCAUAGACCCGGAUGGCAAGAUAUUCGGCGGACGAAUCCUCAGCCGUGACGAAAGUGGCAGCAUGAGCUCUAAGAACUUGAUGCGUCUGUUCCCGACUGACCAGAGCAUGGUUGUUAUUAUCGACGACCGUUCGGACGUCUGGGGAGACAGUCCGAACCUCGUGAAAGUUGUGCCCUAUGACUUCUUCAUCGGCAUCGGUGACAUCAAUGGCUCGUUCCUACCACCUACGCAGCCUGUUAUCACAAUGCCUCCCGGUCAAGCUCCAACUCCUGGCUCUGACGGAGCAUCAUCUAUUGCUUCAACACCACCACCCACUACGCCGAGCGACAUUCCCAGCACCGAGGACGGUUUGAUGCUCCAAUCCAAACUCCUGGACGAGAUGACCGAAGCACGCCCGCUUGCCAAGCUGGAGCGUGAGAACGAAGAAAAGGAUGACGAGUGCACCGACGAGGUCAAGGCGGGUGACGAAACUGCGCAGAACAAUGAGGUGCUGCCAUCCGAGGAGGAAGGGAAAAACGCCACGCAGUCCCCGGAUAACGAGCAAGACAAGGGCCAACAGGGACCGCAUGUCUUGCAUCUUCGGCAUCCCCAUCAUCGCAAAGCACUUCUAAAUCCGAACGACUACGAGCUCGACCGUGUUGGUGGCAUUCUGCGUACCAUCCACGCGCAGUAUUACGAUGCGUACGAUCGCCGCAACCCCUCGUCCGACUCGCUGCCCAUGCAGUGCGACGUGCCGCUCAUCAUACAAGAACUCAAGGAUCAGGUCCUGCAGGGUUGUGUGAUUGGAUUCACGGGCGUGAUCCCCAUCCAUGCGCCGCCCGAAGAGGCCGAGAUCUGGAAGCUCGCGGAGACAUUCGGCGCGCAUUGCGUCAGAGACCUCCGGCCCGAUAUGACACACCUCGUCACAGCCAACCUCCAGACGAAGAAGAUGCACGACGCGGGGCGGAUGCCCAACUUGAAGAUCGUGUGGCUCGCCUGGCUGCAGAGCUGUAUCGCGCUUUGGAAGCACGAGCCAGAGGAGCCAUUCCGUGCAUCACAUCCUGCCUGGGAGCGAUCUCGAGAGGAGCGGGAACCAACCCCGCCAAACGAUCAGGAAGAAGAACGUGACUCGGAUGAGGAGUUCCUCCGCGGCGCGCAGGCGUGGGAUGAAGCGGCCGACGCUGAGUUCGAGGCGUUCUUGAACGAGAGUGACGACGAUGGAUCACUCACCGCGGGCGAAGAGGAUCGCCCAGGGCCUGAGGGCUCCAAGUCGCCCGUCUCUGUCAUUGACAACGACGAACGGCAUACGUGGUCGCGCGCAUCGACUCCCGGCCCGUCAAUAUUAUCCCGCGCGCCCUCCCCUGGCCGCGAGACGCCGAAAGGCGUCGUGUGGGCGGACGAGGAGAACCAGCCACUAGAGCGGAUACGGGAGCCCCAACCUGGCGAGCUCAUGUCGUACCCGCCGCGGAAGAAGCGCAAGAUUCUGAUGCUCACGGCGCCAACUGGCGACGACGACGUGCCCGACGCCAACAAACUCGAGUUCUCUGGCAAGAUGGACUGGUCGAAUGGCGACGCCGAGUCGUCGACCGCCCCAGCUCGCGCAGGCUCAGAGCCCGCCAGCGAGUUCGAUGAUGACGAGUUCGCCAAGAUGCUCGAGGACGAACUCGCUGACUAGCAGUAGUCUUGCCGCGAUGGCGCGCUUGGCGAUCUCAGACGCGUAGGUGUCUGUAUGCAUGCAUAAACUAGUCUAG